AUGUCACCUCUAAAGCUUCUCUGGCGUUUACAAGGCACUUCUGUACGUGUCCGACUUAAAUCCGGACUUGAUUACACCGGCACUCUUAUCAGUAGUGAUAAGUACUUCAAUCUCUACUUGAAACAAGCUAGACAGAACAACCAAAUAUGGUCUGAACUCUGGAUCAGGAACAACCAGAUCCUCUAUUUACAGAGCAUUGUUUAG